AUGUUUUUCCCUCCAUCAAACGUGACACGAGAAACACUUGUUUCCCUUUCCCUGGGGAAACAGGGUGACAUACAUGUCUAUUCGAAAGAUGGACUUUUUCGAGCAUUUUGUCCAUCCUUCGAGCUUUCACACUUUUCUGGUCGGCAUAGCCUCACCGAAGCCUCCAUGAACACAUCUUUGGCUGCGAUAUCAUGCAUGCUGGUCAAUUGUGGUGCAGCUGAGUUCACUUUGGCUUGCAGACCGGCCUUUUUACCACAGCAGCAGCUAAUGCACAGUCCACCCCCUUGUUUUCCUGCGGCAGCAACGCCUCGCUUCCUACGAAACUUGAGUGAAGCUGCCUUCAGGCUGAUUGCUCAAACCUCAGGAGGACCUCCUCCCACUCCCCAGCACCUCCAGCAGCUCGUUUCUCCUCCAGAACCCAUCAUGCUCUGCGUGCUUGGCUCCUUCACGAGGAACAAGACAGUGCUCCAAGUAACAGACGGAGAGCUUUUCUGCCGCAUAGCCUCUGCACAGCCCCCCCCCCUGCAGCCACAGCAGCAGCAGCUGAGCCAUGGAGAAGGGGAUUCUGCGCAGGCAGUCGAGGCUAGAAUGUCUUUAGCUGCAAAUCAGCUGAGGGGGAAGCUGCUGCUCUUUGAGAAGCUCAAUCUAGCCCUCACACCCAACGGCAACAACAGCAGCAGCAACAACAGC